GCCCCACAGCCGGCAGCCUCCUGGUCCGAGGUUCGAGACGCGCUGUCCUUCGCGGAUGCUUGCGCUCAGCCCCUCUUUUUCGGCCUGAUACCUAUCACUACCGGCUCCGAAGACUGUCUCUACCUCAACGUCUACGCGCCGGCUGCGGCGAGUGGUCCUUACCCCGUCAUGGUCUACAUCCACGGUGGAGCCUUCAAGGGUGGUAGUUCUUCGAGUUCAACUCCGCACAGCUUCGUGGAGAAGGGCGUUGUGCUAGUCACAAUCGCCUACCGUCUCGGAGCCCUUGGUUUCCUGAGCCUGUUGAACGACGACAUCCCGGGAAAUGCGGGUUUCAAGGACCAGGUGCUGGCGCUACAGUGGGUGCAGAGGAACAUCGCAGCCUUCGGCGGAGAUCCUAGCAGCGUUGUCAUAUUUGGGGAAAGUGCGGGUGGCGGCUCCACGUCACAUCUCUUCCUCUCGCCGGCCACCAAGGGACUCUUCAGUGGAGUGAGCAUGGAGAGUGGGGUAGCAACGACAUCCUGGGCGCUGACAGACAAACCCCGCGAGAGGGCGUACCGGAUGGCGGAGGCAGUUCAUGACAUCCAGUCUUACAAAUUUCAAAACUCCGCCAUCUCUCUCCCCACAUCCACCACUGCUGGCGGCUCACCUCCAACUGCGCAACGCUAUGCGCUGUUCGCACCCAGCUGCCCAACACUACAACGGCAGACCACAAUGCAAACUAGCCACAGACUGCACACAGCACAGCCAGUGAUUUUCAUACAGAGCGCUACGUAACGUUGCCAAUAAGAAAACAUAAAACAGCACAGCCAGUGAUUUUCAUACAGAGCGCUACGUAACGUUGCCAAUAAGAAAACAUAAACAGCCUACUUACAUAGCCCCCAUGCUCCCCACAAAAAAUUUUACAAAUUGGGUUGGGCAGUGCCCAAUACAGAUUUGAAAAAAUUUUUCAUAAUUACAAUAACAAAGAAAUCAAAUACACACACUUAUUGAUACAAUGUUGGUCAAAAGCUAAAAUUUUCUCACAGUCCAUAAAGACAGUCCUGAUCGUUGAUCACACUAAAAUUGCCGUGUUUUUCUCAAAGUCUGAGCAGUAGAAGAAAAUGCACAUAGACGUAGUGGA